CCGAAUAAGAAAAUCCCGCCGGACGAAACUGCGGAAAGGAAAUCGACAAAAUCGCUCCGGCCCGUCCCGCGGACCGCGUGCACGUGACGCCGUCAUCCCUCUUUGACUUCUCCCCUUCGAAUUCGACCUCCUCCUCCCCGAUCAUCGACGUCCCGGCGUCAACCUCCUCCUCCUCCUCUUCUUCUUCUUCAACCACCGAUCGACCUUCCUCUCUCUCUCUCUCUCUCUCUAUCUCUACCCAGCAAUGGGUCUCCUGUGGAGCAAAUCCGGCAGGCACCACCAGAGCUCUCAAUUGCCGCCGCCGCCGCGGCAGCGGCAGCAGCACCAGCACCAGCAGCCGCCGCCGCCGCGUCCCCUGCCGUCCCCAUCGCCGCCGCCGCUGCCGCCGCCGCCGCUUCCUUCUCUGGCCGCACCACCUCCUCCUGCUCUUCCUCCUCCUCCUCCUCCUCCUCGGGCCAACCCCUACAACCCUUACCCCGCGCCUCCGCACCCUCCGCCCUACGCGCCGGCCCCGCGGCCUCCGAUCCCGCACCAGUACGGCCCUUACGGUCAGCACCCGCCCCCCUCGAGCUCCCGCGCUUACGCGCCCGCCCCGAUCAAUUGCUACCCUCACGCGCAGCCCCCCCAUCCGCACUACUCGCAGUUCCUCGGUUACUACGGCAACGGCGCCGGCGCCGGCGCGUGGGGCGCCUACGGCCCGGUGCGGCCGGUCGCUGCUGCUGCGGCGCCGCCGCCGCCGCCGUACGUAGACCACAAGACGGCGAAGAAGGUCAAGAACGACGUGAACGUGCACAAGGACACGAUAAAGCUGUUGCUCGACGAGCAGAGCUCGGAUUCGCACCUGGUUUCGUUCACUUUCGAUGCGCUUGUGGAUGGCAGUAUUACCAUACUUUACUUUGCUAAGGAAGGGGACAACUGCGCCUUUAGUCCUAUAUAUCCUGAGAUGUAUGCACCAAGAAAAAUCCCAUUUCAGAAGGGAGUGGCCCACAAGUUCUGUCAACCUUCUGGAAGCGGCAUUGACCUUGGUUUCUUUGAUGUGGACGAGCUCUCAAAGCCCUCCCAAAAUGAGGAUGUUUUCCCUCUUGUUAUCUGUGCAGAAACAAGUGUACCAUCUCCCGUGGAUGAGCAGCCCAAUCAGCCUUCGCCUGCAACAUCUUCCCAUGCUCAGAUUACUCUAGCAGUCCUAGAGAAAAAUGAUGAGGGCAAUUUUCGAGUGAGAGUCGUCAAGCAAAUCUUGUGGGUGGAGGGAGUUCGUUAUGAGCUUCGUGAGAUAUAUGGAAUUAGCAAUUCAGAAGACACUGCCUUUGAGGACACUGAUCCAGGGAAAGAAUGUGUCAUUUGCAUGACUGAGCCAAAGGAUACAGCUGUUUUGCCUUGCAGACAUAUGUGUAUGUGCAGUGACUGUGCAAAAGAGUUGAGGCUCCAAUCCAACAAAUGUCCAAUAUGUCGCCAGCCGAUUCAGGAACUCCUUGAAAUAAAAGUAGCUAGAGCUCCAGCGUGAGCAAGGUUCUUUUCUUUCCGAAGAAGCCACAUGACUUGUCACCGGUGGUGUUCAUAUAGCUUUCUUGUAUCAUAUUCCAAGCUAGCAAGCAGCUUCCGUUGCUUGUGAAAGCGGGUUGUUCAUACAUACGAUUCUUUCAUCCUUUGGGGAAUCACAUUCCUUUCAGCCUAAAGUUCUCUCCAUUUUAUAAAUAGGGGUGAGAACUUGUACAUUUAAUCCCUCACGUAUCAAAGAGAAGGGAAUGACUUAUAUCUGCUCUUUUACCCUAUUCGGUCUUUUAAUUUGAGUUUCA